AUGAGCCUGCUAAGUCUCAACCAUGACGUUCUCUACCUCAUUGUCGACUUGCUUCCUCGACAGGCUUGCCUCGCCCUGUCGUCGGUAUCUCGUGGCUGUCAUAGGAUUGCACGGCGGAAAGCAUUCACGUAUAUUCAGCUAAGCACCUCUGCGCAGCUGGUCAAGAUGCACGACACCCUAAUCCACAACAUCGACAACCGUUUGAUAUGGCCGCGGAAGUUAAACAUCGACACACACAAAAUCAUGUCCCGGGAGGCGGGCAUUGUUGCCCUGGCGGGUAUCCUCGAGCACGCAUGGGACCUAGAGGUGCUAAGACUCCCGUACCUUUCGUGGAUCGCUUCGGACGAGCGGUUCAGAAAGUCUUUCAUCGCAUUACCGAAGCUCUCAGAACUCCAUCUAGAACUCGGCCAGGAGGACACCAUCGCCGACUUGUGUAGGAUGGUCAGUAGGCCCAAGACACUACAUCUCGGAUUCGCCCCGCAUACGACGUCGGAACACGCUGUACUCGCUACCCAGGCAGCCGCGCUCGAUGAUGUCAAGGACCUCUUUCUCACUGGUUUCAGGCUCAGACCUGUGUACCUUCAUUCGACGCCUGUGUUCAACCUUCAUUCGACGCCGAUGAAAGCCUACCCGCAGUUGGAGAGCCUCACUCUCCAUAACAGUGACUUAUAUGCGAGCCUCACUCUGUUUCCUGGCAUACGAAGGUUAUUCGUACCGCGGGUCUUUUUCCUGACACACCCCGGCCCUCCGGUCCAGCGACACCCUUGGCGACACCUCGACCACUUGCGUGUCCGAGUGUUGGACCUGCACCAUUUCUCAACCUUCCGGUGCCAUGCCUUGACACUAGACCUCACGCCGUGUUCCAACAUUCCCGCGGAAUCAGACACCGGGGUCGUGUCCACCGCUGCCGUCGUGACGUGUGACUGGGACCACCAGGACCGAGACGCCGAGUGUUUUACGGCGCUGGCGCAGAUGAUAUCCACAAAAUCUUCGAGAGUGAGGUACCUUGUCUUGAAGUUCUGGUCCCUGACUCUUGCUGUCCAGUGCAUGGAGAUCAUGCCUGCUGUCCUGGCCUCCUCGCAGGUGAUCGCCAUCCAUUGCAGUGUUCGGAAAGCGUUGAAAGGCGGGUGGCGCGUGACGCAACAACACGAGAAGGCCCUCGUCUCCGCUAUACCCGGGCUCCGAUUUUACUGCAAGCACUACGAUGACCGCGCCCAGGAAUACGCCGAGGUGCUUUCCUCGCAUACCGACUGGGGACGGGUAGAAAGCGAUGGCGACACUCGCGUAGUGCGGCCGAUUGCUGGUUGGAUGGGCGAGAGGAUCCAUCGCUACCUGCAAUCUCCGGGGUUUUGUGAGACGUUGCGAUUCGACGAGGACGAAGCCUUGCGUUACACGGGCCGAUGA